UUCAAGUUCAUCCGAAGGAUUGUAAAUGUUUUAUCGUUUAUGCUGCUAUUAGAAACAAUUGUUAUUGCAGGGUAUACGUACUGGUCGCGUACAUUAAAUAGAUUAGAAGUGUUUAUCUUCUCAACUAAUGGCGAGGGAGGGUUUAGUUCAGUCACUGGGUAUCUCAUCUGUUUUUCGUUAUUUAUGGCACUUCUUUCAUCAACAGCCGUUAACAGUAAAAGCAAAUUUACGAUUAAACUGGCUUUAGUAUUUGGGGUGUUUUAUUUUUUCUUCUCCGUCGCAUGCUUUGCUUAUAUAAAAUUCUCAUACUUUACAAAAUUAACUGAUGCACUGUUCUAUACGUCAAGUAAGUCACCAGAACAGCUGAGAACUCUUCUGGGCUUAAUGGGCUGCAGUAAUUUAACAAAUGAUUCAAAGGAGCAACUGGAUUAUUUAAUUAAUGUUGUUAAUAAUGAGCUUUGGUUAUUAAUGGUUAUGCUUACGUGUUCAUAUUCACUCGGUGGAUUUAUAACUAUAUUUAUGAUUAUGGGAGGAAAUUGUAAGAUAAGUAAGCCAAAGAGUAAACCAGUAGAAGAGACAGAAAUAGUUGUACAACAAGUUGGAUUUACUGGUGGUUCACUUAGAAAUGGGGCCAGUGUAUGUUCUCGGGUUUAAUAAACU